GAGAAGAUUAAAUGUUCAUCGUAAACUGGUUCUGGGAUACGCUGAAUUGGCUUGGCUUAUCUCAUAAAAACGCCAAGAUCCUCUUUUUGGGCCUCGACAAUGCGGGUAAGACCACUCUAUUGCACAUGCUCAAAGAUGACAAGGUGGCCACUCAUGUACCCACAUUGCAUCCUUGUUCUGAGGAGUUGCUUAUCGGUAAAAUAAGAUUCCGCACUUUCGAUUUGGGUGGUCAUGAAACAGCGAGGAGAAUCUGGAAAGAUUACUAUGCUACUGUUGACGGCAUUAUUUUUUUGGUUGAUGCUGCCGACCGUACUAGAUUCCCCGAGGCUGCUGAAGAGCUCAGACACCUCAUGGAGAGCCCUGAGCUUCAGAACGUUCCUAUUGUUGUUCUCGGUAACAAAAUAGACGUCCGAACCGCGGCGAGUGAAGAAGAACUGCGACAGUCUUUGGGUUUGUACUCUCAUACUACCUUUGGUAAGGACAUCAAUAAGCAGAUGGUGAAGAACGCUCAGGAGGCAGGGAUUAGACCUGUUGAGGUCUUCAUGUGCUCUGUUGUGAAGAGGAUGGGCUACGCUGAAGGUUUCAGGUGGUUGUCCGAGUUCUUGGAUUGAGUGAAGGGGAAAAAGGUUUUCCCGAAGCGAUUUAUCUGUACUGUUUUCAACUAGUAUACCUUUCA